AGAUUUAAUUUAUUUCUUUCUCAAAUAAUUCUAUAAAGUUACAAAAAUUUAGAAUAACUGGUCAAUUAGUUAUUUAUUUUGAUUUUGAAUAUUGAAGUAUUGUUACACUCUACUAUCACAUUAAGAUGGAGAUCGGUUUUAUUAUAGGAAUAAACGUGAAAGAAAAAACUAUUUUUAUUUGCAAUGCAUGUCACAAUAUAAGAAAGGGAGAGAUGAGUAGCGCUAUAAUAUCUAGAUUCUAAGCAGUAUACUUGUGCAUUUGAUAUUUUAUCGGUGUCAAAACAAACGUGCAAAAAAUUACAAUUAUUUUGUUGUGAAAGGAAAGUAUUAUACUCUUGUUUCUCAGCUGCGCGUCAUUUUCUGCUUUGUAUGCUUGUUUAAUCAAACAAAUAUACGAUCUUGUUCAAAACCAGGGAAAGAAAAAAAAGUUAAACGAUAUAUUUUUUUAGUAUAUGUAUUUACAAACAAUUACAAAAAUAUGACUGAAAGAUAGUCCCGUAUUGUUUUAUUUACAUGAGCUAGAAAAAUAUAUAAAAGUAUGUUUCUUAUCACUACGUUUAUCUGCACGCGUAACAUAUUGAUUGUGUUUUAAAGAUAGCAAUCUGUCACGUUCCGCAGAUCCUCAAAAUCAAAUAAAUUCUAGCUAAAGAUUAGAUUAACCCUGUUCAGCAGAGUUCGUACCAAGUUUCAGAAUGUUUUUUAUAUACCACAGAAUUUGGAAAAAUUCAGAAACAUACAAAGAUCCGUGAUAUGCGUUUUAAAUGCUCUUUAAUGUCUCAGUCGCUUUCUUUUUCUUAUCUUCGUGUCCACUCGUUGGUGUGAGCGACGAAUUUUCGUGAUGGACGAGGAUAAGGCGGCCGCGCGCGAAGAAUUACGUAGAUUCAUUCUUAUAGCCAGCGCGCAGCUGAUAUGAUAACGGAGAGGGAUGCAAAAACCUCUUAAAGAUAACCCGAAGCUAUCCGUGGAGGUAUCAGAUCGGGCCGUAGUACGUGGACUCGGCCUCAAAGCCGGCCUCGAGGUCUCUAUAAAUGCAUGACGUUCGUUCGAGCCUUUCAGUCGGUGGGAGGUCAGCCUUUCCACGGGGAACGAUACGGCACGACGACACAACGCGGCCACACGCUUGGAAUACACGCGUCGUUUCUUAUUUUCUCUCUUCCCCUGUUGUUCCCCUUCCCGUUCUUUUUUUUUUCCUCCGGCUGUCUUCUCUUCACGAGCCGCCGCGGUCGCGCGAACGGCCGCGGCUCGAUCGCGCCGCGUGACGAGAAAUCGCGACCGGCGCGAACGAAAUUAUGCCGCGGAAUGUCUUCUAGUGCAUCCGACUUUCCUUCAUGUUAAAUUGGACAAACCGGUGCCCCGCAUUUGUUUGCAUUCCUCCGGAACGCAAACACCAGUGAGUGUGUGCGCGCGUCCUCCCGGCGAAGAAACGGAGUGCACGCCGACAAAUCGGCGCGAACUGCAUGACGCAUCCUCUUAAGAUAUUUGAAAUACAUCUGAAAUGUUCGUGCAACGCGCGACAUUUGCACGGAGAUCGACCGUGGCUGACGAUGGGAAAAUGUUUUAAUGCUCGGUUAGUGUCGUUGAAAACAGCAGGUGGUUAAAGUAGCAGAAGCGCAUGGGACUCUGCUAAACAUCUGUGCGCGCAUUUUGUGUACGUAUGACCGGAGCUGGCUUGUAAUCGGAUCUGUCGCAAACACGGCACGAGCAUGAGCAUCGUAAUCUCUCCUCCUCGUGGUGCUCCUUUGCGCGGUCGAGUGCUUACGUUUAUAAAACGGCUUUAAAAAUAGACCUCGGUAUAGCCAAACAGCCACGCUUGUUGCACGAGGAAAAUUCAACAACGUAAUAAAUCGAUACCGGACGCGAAUGACGCUAUCGAAUAACCCACUCAUGUCGAAGAAUUAUCGAAUGUAAUAGAAACUAAAGAUUACGGGUUACAUUAAUCGUACGUCUUUAUCGACGAUAAAACUUAAAAAAAAAAGAGAAAAACUACUUUUUUCGUCAUAAAUUAGUUGCUUAAGCUUUUUAGACGAAAGACUGCUCUUUGAAGGGAACCUGCACAUCGAGCAGAGAUCGAAAAUGCUCGGCAUCGUAGCAAUAUUGUUGGACCCUUUUCUGCUUAUCGGGUUGAUCGUCGGAAGCCUGUACUUCUAUCUCACGGCCACCUUUGACUUUUGGAAAUGCCGCGGCGUACCGUUCAAAAAGCCGACCGUGCUACUCGGGAAUUUCGGUCCCCUGCUCCUGUUCCGGAGGUCGCAGCCAGAAGGCGUGAAAGAGAUGUAUCAGUGGUUCAAGGAUGAAAGGUACUUUGGCGCGUUCCGGGUAAGAUCGCCCGUGCUGAUCCUACGCGAUCCUGAUUUAGUGAGGAGCGUGUGCGUCAAGGAUUUCGCUUGCUUUUUGAAUCGGGGGAUUCCGGUCAAUAACGAUCAGGAUCCGCUCUCCGGACACCUGUUCAAUCUCGAGGGGCGCAAGUGGAAGGGCCUCAGGUCGAAACUGACACCUGCGUUCUCGUCGGGCAAGCUGAAGCGGAUGUUCUACUUGCUGGUGGAGUGCUGCGAGGAGCUGCAGAGGCUCAUCGACGAGGCGUGCUGCAACGGCGACCGAAUGGUCGAGGUGCGGGAGCUGGCCGCGAAAUUCGUCAUCGACGUCAUCGGUAGCUGCGCCUUCGGCAUACAGAUAAACGCGCUCACCGACGAGGAGUCCGAGUUUCACCGGGCGGUGAAGAGACUCUCGAAACCGAGUUACAAGGCCACUCUCUGGAGGAUGCUGCGAACGGCCAUGCCGAGGAUGUACAGGCUGCUGGGCGUGCAACUCGUCGAUCCGAUCGUCACCAGGUUUUUUAUGCACGUCGUGUCGGAAAUGAUCAGCCAGAGAGAGAAUAACGGCACGACCAGACACGACUUCAUGGACCUACUUAUUGAACUGAGAAACAAGGGUUCCCUGGAGAACGAAGUCGGCAGCCCGAGGAUCUGCAGCGACGAGGACGUUCAAGCGGCGAAGGAAAUCGAAUUAGAUGAGAACACUAUCGCGGCGCAAGCGUUUGCUUUCUUCGUCGCCGGUUACGAAACAUCGUCGAACACGAUUGCGUUCUGCCUUCACGAGCUAGCCUUGAACCAGGAAAUUCAAGAUAAGGCCAGACGAGAGGUGCGCGACGCUAUACAACGACAAGGUGGAACGCUAACUUACGACGCGGUGCAAGAAAUGAAGUAUCUCGACAUGGUAAUAUUAGAGACUCUCAGGAAGUAUCCGCCGGCCCCGCUGUUCUCUCGAAAAUGCGAGUACGCGUACAAAAUACCGAACAGUAACGUGGAGCUGCCGGCGGGCAUGCGUGUCAUCAUACCAAUUUAUGGUCUUCAUCACGAUCCGACUUAUUAUCCCGAUCCAGCAAGAUUUGAUCCCGAGAGAUUCACAGAAGAAAACAGACGCACGAGGCAUCCGUAUACGUAUCUUCCAUUCGGGGAAGGACCACGAAAUUGCAUAGGCAUGCGGUUCGCGUUGCUGCAAAUCAAGAUGGGAAUAAUAUCGUUCCUCAGGGAUCAUCGAGUGGAGAUAUGCGACAAAUCGGCGAUGCCGAUCAAAUUCAGCAGACGAAGUCUCGUGACUACGAGCGAGACGGGAUUUUGGCUUACCAUUACUCCAUCUUCUUAGAUAAGGAUUAUACUUAAGAUUUUUUUUUCUUAAAAGAAAACCAGUGAUUAAAAGAAUAUACGCGUUUAUUCUUAAAGUUUCUUCAAAUUCUGAAACUCUUAAUCAAAAUAUGAUCUCUAAAACCGUAAAAGGAUAAGUAAUUCUUGUUGAUUAAAAAAAGGGAGCGAAACAAAAAUCGUCGAAGUGUUGUCGAUGAUUUAUGUUACCUCGAUCCGCUAUGUAAUAACUUUUGCAAUUGCGCAAAUUAGGGGUUUAUACCGUGCGUAUAAAUAGCAACCCUUAAUACAGUAAUAUUUGUAAAGAUUUAUUCUAUUCAAUCAAAAGAAUAACGGGUAUACUUCUGAAUUUCUCAGAAGCCAAACGUGAUCGAUUUAUUUUUUGACAAAUUUUUUGUUUUAGUAUAGAGUUUAACUUUGAUAAUUUGUUCUAUUUUUUUAUUCGUAGAGCAAUGUGUUUUGAUUCUGAGAGACUCACGUAUCAAACCAUCCUAUAAUGGUACUAUUUUAUAUGCUUAGAAAAAAGAAUAUAAAUUUGCAAGUCGAUUUAAAAAUGUACUUUUUUUAGUUUCUUAUUUUUAUUGAUCAAAUCAAGAAGAAAAACUAUAUAUAGGAUGAUACAAUUCGGAAAUAUUUAAUUGAAUAAAAACAACAUGUAAAAAGCCGCUGGUAACGGCGAUUUAAUGUCAAUUAUGUAUACGUAUCUGCUAUAAUUACGAAAAUAUUACAAUCUGUUACCAGCGGUUUUCAUUUCUAUCUAUGUACUUAUAUAAUUUUCAUCGCAAAUUGUAUCUCACUUCGCGUCGGAUUCUAGGAGUGACUCGCUUUUACACGUGAGACAGUUAUACUUUAUUUCCGUACUUGUAAAAUAUAUUUAUGUACACGCGACGCUUCGAAAUAAAGUAUCGACAAAUUUUACGUGUAACA